CGACCCCCCUCGUCUCUUCUCCUCUCUCGCGCUCUCUAUUUUUCGCUUUGCUCUCUCCUUCUCCGCCUCCCUCUCUCUCCUCCGAUCCCAUCUCCCAUGGCGUGGCUACGAUCCCUCGCUCGCUUCUCCCGCGCGACGAAACCCUACGCCGCCGACCUCCCCCUCUUCCCCCGCGGCGGCGGCGCCGCCGCGAGCUUCUGCACGGGGGUCGCCGAGGCGGGGUUCUCGGGGCUUGGCCCCACGGAGCCCGGGGGCGAGGCGAAGCCGAGGGUGGUGGUGCUCGGGACGGGGUGGGCCGGGAGCCGCUUCAUGAAGGACCUCGACACGCGGGCCUACGACGUCGUGUGCGUGGCGCCGCGGAACCACAUGGUCUUCACGCCGCUCCUCGCCUCCACCUGCGUCGGAACCCUAGAGUUCCGAUCCGUCGCCGAGCCCAUCGGCCGGAUCCAGCGCGCCAUUUCCACCGCGCCCGGUUCCUACUUCUUCCUCGCCAAUUGCACCAGAGUCGAUCCCGAUGCCCACACGGUGGAAUGUGAGACUGUUACAGAUGGAAGUACAGACACUCUGAAGCCCUGGAAAUUUAAGGUCUCUUAUGACAAAUUGAUCAUUGCGUGUGGAGCAGAAGCCUCGACAUUUGGAAUACAUGGUGUAAAAGAUCAUGCAAUCUUUCUUCGUGAAGUCCACCAUGCUCAAGAGAUUCGCAGAAAGCUCCUCCUAAAUCUCAUGCUCUCUGAUGUGCCUGGCAUAACACAUGAAGAAAAAACCAGACUCUUACACUGCGUUGUUGUGGGAGGUGGUCCCACAGGUGUGGAAUUCAGCGGUGAACUCAGCGAUUUCAUUAUUAGAGAUGUUCAUCAGCGUUACUCUCAUGUUAAAGAUUAUAUUCAUGUGACCUUGAUUGAGGCAAAUGAAAUAUUAUCAUCCUUUGAUGUGCGCCUGAGACAAUAUGCCAUAAACCAACUAACCAAGUCAGGUGUUCGCCUUGUGCGGGGUAUUGUGAAGGAUGUUCAGCCUGAAAAAAUAAUUCUGGAUAAUGGAGAAGAGGUUCCAUAUGGGCUUCUUGUCUGGUCUACUGGUGUUGGCCCUUCACCGUUUGUUCGCUCAUUGACGUUUCCCAAAUCGCCUGGUGGAAGAAUUGGAGUUGAUGAGUGGCUACGUGUUCCUUCUGUGCAAGACGUUUUUGCCAUCGGUGAUUGUAGUGGAUACCUCGAAAGCACAGGCAAACCAGUGCUUCCAGCUUUAGCUCAGGUUGCGGAACGGCAAGGGAAGUACCUCGCCAGCUUACUGAACAGGAUCAGUAAAGCUGGUGGUGGGUACGCGAACACCGCCGCCGAUAUAGACCUAGGAGAUCCUUUUGUAUAUAGACAUCUUGGUAGCAUGGCUACCGUGGGGAGAUACAAAGCUCUUGUAGAUCUUAGAAAAAGCAAGGAAGCAAAGGGGCUCUCUCUUGCAGGAUUUAUCAGCUGGUUCAUCUGGCGAUCGGCGUAUCUAACUCGAGUUAUUAGUUGGAGGAAUCGAUUCUACGUGGCGAUCAACUGGCUCACUACGCUGAUUUUUGGCCGUGAUAUAAGCCGAAUCUAGGGCACUUUGAAAGGUAGCAGUUCUCACGAGACAAUAAUUUUUGUACUACGUAAAAGGUAUAUUUCUUCUUCUUUCCCCUCGACCCCCCUCUGCUUGUGGGUGAGUUCUCUUGAUGUCUAAUUUUCAGCAUUUACUGAAUAAAAAUUGCGCUUUUUACCCUUCUGUCA